UGGAGAGUGUAUCUGAACCUAUAAGGUUGUUUCCUAUUUGAUUUGAAUGACAACCAUUUCGAGCCCAUCAAUGUCAUUAUGUGACCUUGAUAAGAAAGCAGAUCAAAAUGCUUUAUUUAUUUUUUUUCAUGUGAGGGAUGGAUCGCAAAUUCCAGCACCAAAGGCUGACCUUUUCGUUGUCAUUUUUGGGAUGUCCAAGGACAAGAAGGAUCUGAUUUUGAAGCCCAUCAAAAGGGAUACAAAUUCUAAUAUAAUAUGUUGGAUGUUUUGCCUACCAAAAGGAGACAUCAUUACUGAAGUGAUUUUGUUCAGUGUAUCUUCAGGCAAUGGCCAGGAUGAGAUCGCCUCUGGAAUAACCAUAUUGGUUUCCAUCAAACUUUCAAAGUUUGCAUCGUCAGCAAUCCAGUAAAAUGUGCUUGCAGCAGACAUCUCUAUAAUACGAUUCGCGCACCAAAAGGUGCGAUGUCAUCAUGCCACGUCAGAAAAAAAA